AUGGGGGAGUCAGGGGGGAGUCAGGGGGGAGUCGGGGGAGACAGGGGAGUCAGGGAGGAGUCAGGGGGGAGUCAGGAGGAGUCAGGGGAGAGUCAGGAGGAGUCGGGGGGAGUGGGGGAGUCGGGGAGUCGGGAGGAGUCAGGGAGGAGUCGGGGGGAGUCAGGAGGAGUCAGGGGGAGUCAGGGGGAGUCGGGGAGACAGGAGGAGUCGGGAGGUCGGGGGGAGUCAGGAGGAGUCAGGGGGAGUCAGGAGGGAGUCAGGAGGAGUCAGGGGGGAGUCAGGAGGAGUCAGGGGGGAGUCGGGAGGGUCGGGGGAGUCGGGGGAGUCAGGGGGAGUCAGGGGAGUCGGGGAGUCGGGGAGACAGGAGGAGUCAGGGGGAGUCGGGAGGAGUCGGGGGAGUCUGGAGGAGUCGGGGGGAGUCGGGAGGAGUCGGGGGAGUCAGGGAGGAGUCAGGGGGAGUCAGGGGAGUCGGGGGAGUCGGGGGGUCCUGCGAUUGAUGAAUGGUUCAGGCGCGCAGAAGAAGUGUGGAGCGAUGCUCACGUGAGACUCCAUCGCGCCGCCCACCGUCAAAAGGAGCAGGCAGAGACCCCUGUGUACCACCCUGGGGAUCGUGUCUGGCUUUCUACCACGAACCUCCCACUCCGCCUGCCCUGCCAGAAGCUGAGCCCCCGGUUUAUGGGACCGUUCAAGGUUCUCCGGAGGGUCAACGAGGUGACGUAUAGUUUACAGCUUCCCAUUGACUACCGGCUCCCCCUCUCUGUGUCUGCAGGGAGGGACAGAGACUGUCUACAGGCUGGUGACACCUGCUCCAGUGAUGAUGCGUGCAGCCCUCGUCUGCGGACGCUGAGACAGUGUGUGGCGGGGGACGGCAGUGUGAAGCUGGGACCUGGGGCCAGGAACCAGUGUGAGAAUGCAGUCACGGCACUGCUCUCCUCCCCGCUCCACGGCUGCCAGUGUAAACGAGGCAUGAAGAGAGAGAAGAACUGCCUCAGUAUCUAUUGGAGCCUGCACCAGUCUGUCCUGCAUGGGCAAAGUCUGGUGGAGAGUUACCCAUACGAACCAGAGGAGAGGGGCUUCGACUACGUACACCUGGCCUACAUGGCUGCAGGUGAGUAUGAGGUCGGCAAAACGACGUUGAACCGUUGCCUAGAUGCAGCGAAGGCGUGUAACGUGGACGAGACGUGUCAGAAGCUCCGUACAGAGUAUGUUUCCGCCUGCAUCCAGCCGUCGGCCCGCUCAGGCCCCUGUAACAGGCCCAGGUGUAACAGGGCUCUCAGGAAGUUCUUCGACCGGGUCCCUCCUGACUACACCCACGAGCUGCUGUUCUGCCCCUGUACAGACAUGGCGUGUGCUGAGAGACGGAGACAGACCAUCAUACCAGCCUGCUCCUACGAAGACCAAGACAAACCCAACUGUCUGGCUGCACUGAGCAUCUGUAUGGCCGACUACGUAUGCAGGUCCCGUUGGGCCCAGUUUCAGUAUGACUGCCAGCCCUCAGAGCACGUUGCCAGCGGUUGUAAGCAGGACAACUACGCAGUCUGUCUCCUUGCCUACACCGGCCUCAUGGGCACUGCCAUCACUCCUAACUACCUGGAUAACUCAACGUCUAAUGUGGGUCCGUGGUGUUCGUGCUCGGCCUCCGGGAACUACAAGGAGCAGUGCGAUGACUUCCUGGAAUAUUUCCAUGACAACGUCUGCCUGAAGAAAGCCAUGCUGGCGUUUGGGAACAGGACAGACAAGCAGUCCUCCGCAGGAGCAGCAAACCAACCAGGCAUGCCCAGCCCAGCUCUCGCUACCCUCAACAACCACAUCCAGCGCCUGGCAACCACAGUCCCUGGCAUCACCAUGGAAACGGAACUUAAUGUCCUGAGAGCACAGAUACCCACUCAGGUGAAUGAGAACGAUAGACUGUGGGGUGGUGAUGGGGAAGACUGGACCCUGCCGUCCCCAGGGCUGGUGGACCAUGGAGCCCCUCCCCUCCACCUGUCUGCCCUGGGAUGGUCCCUUCCACUGGGCCUCUCCCUGCUGCUGGCUAGCCCCAACCCUGGGGCUCCAUAG